AUGCCGAUCGGUAAACUAGAAGCGUUUAACUUAAGUUCAAAACAAUGGCCCGCGUACAUUCGUCGCGUAAACCAGUAUAUUUUGUUAAACGAGAUCGAGGACGAACGCAAAGUGGCUUUGUUAAUUACGGUUGUGGGUGAAGCCACGUACUCGUUGAUGUGCGACUUGUGUUCUCCUGCUUUUCCGGAAGAUAAAAAAUAUGACGAGUUAGUGAAAUUGGUGACGGAUCAUUUGGAACCACAACGAUCUGAGAUCGCGGAGCGCCACGUAUUUCGUUUGCGACGGCAACGCGCGGAUGAAUCGUUAACCGAGUACCUACAAGCGUUGAAACAUUUAGCAGCCACCUGUAAUUUCGGAAAGUGCGAAAAGUGUUCUACCCUAGAGGAGAAUUUAAGGGACCAAUUUGUAUCGGGGCUGGCAAACGAUAUGAUGCGAUCGAGGAUAUUCGCCGAAAAAUCAAUUAGGUACAAGGAGGCGGUCGAAUUGGCUCUGGCUCUGGAGGCUGCUGAAAAACAUGCGGAGGUCAGCGGCACUACGGGAGCGUCUGUGGCGGUGACAGACUCAACGAUGGCGGUGGGAGAUAGCCUGCAUUAUGGCCGUAUACAGAGCGGCGGGCGCAGUACGGGGCACGGGCCGUCGGCCGGGCGCAGCGGCGGCGGAGGGGCGAGCGGCGCGGGCCGGGCAGGCCAGGCCGCGGCGGAGCAGCGCGUUUGCUGGCGCUGCGGCAAACCGCACCCUUCAGAUAGGUGCCGGUAUAAAAAUUAUUCGUGUGAUGAGUGUGGGGUAAAAGGCCAUUUAAAAUCAAUGUGUAAACGUGUGCGCGAUAGAGGCGGUCGUCAGAAUUACGUGAGUGAGGAAUCUGAGGAUGACAUGUUCAAUAUCAAAGUAGCAGCACAAGGUAACAAACCAUACUUUAUUAAACUGAGCAUAGAUCGGGUGAUGAUUGAGUGUGAGAUAGACACCGGAAGCCGUAUUUCAGCAAUCAGUGAAAAAAUGUAUAGGGAAGUGUUCGAUUAUAAAAAAAUAAAAACGGACAACAUAGUUUUUCGCGAUUACUCGGGUUUACAGAUUGAGUCACUCGGUUACAUUGAGGUUGAUGUCAGGCUAGGUCAAGUCAUAGCAAAAUCCUUAAAAUUAUAUAUUAUCAAAGGUGGGGCGCGACCCUUAUUAGGAAGGGAGUGGAUGCGCGCAUUAAAAAUAACACAAAUCAACCUAAAUGAAAUCGUAGAAGACGGAUUCGUAAACAGAUUAUGUAAUGAGUACCCUGAGGUAUUUAGCGAUAAGUUAGGUACUUGUAAGCGGCCGAUUCAAUUACAGCUGACGGAUAGCGAACCGGUUUAUGUGCGAGCUAGACAGGUGCCAUUAUCGUUGCGCGCGCGCGUUGAACGCGAACUGUCUCGACUCGAUGAGGAUGGCACUAUCUAUCGGGUUGAUUAUUCAGAUUAUGGGACUCCGAUAGUUCCUGUGGUGAAACAAAAUGGUGAAAUACGCAUAUGUGGUGACUAUAAGGUCACAAUCAACCCCAAACUGAAGCGAGAUUACUACCCGUUGCCUCGGAUUGACGAGUUGUUCGCAAACCUUAGCGGCGGAGAGAAAUUUUCAAAAAUCGAUCUUAGGCACGCGUAUGAACAAUGUUUAUUGACGAGUGAUUCACAGCGCUAUACCGCGAUAACUACACAUAUGGGUACUUUUGCUUACCGGCGCACGCCGUACGGACUAUCGUGCGUGCCAGAGAAAUUUCAGAAAAUAAUGGAGGAAACUCUGCGUGGGGUACCGGGUUGUGUUGUGUUUCUCGACGAUAUUUGUGUAACAGGGUCGAAUAAGAACGAACAUAUUAAAAAUCUGAGAGCUGUACUUGAACGGUUGCGCGACAUGGGCCUUACUGUUAAACUUAGUAAAUGUAGUUUUUUGCAAGACUCGGUUAAGUACUUAGGUUUUAUUAUCAAUAAGGAGGGGUUACGACCGGAUCCGAGUAAAUUAGACGCCAUUUCCAAUGCACCUAGACCAGAGAAUGUGACACAAUUAAAAAGUUUUUUAGGCAUGUUAAAUUAUUACGGACGCUUUAUUCCAAAUUUAAGCACAAUGUUACACCCGCUACACGCUCUGUUAAAAAAAGGGGUGGAUUGGAAAUGGAAUGUCGAUUGUGAAAAAUCGUUUGAGGAAGCGAAGCGAUGUCUCCUGAGCGAGAGAGUACUAGCACAUUACGAGGAGGGGCGCGAGUUGGUGCUGUCGGUGGACAGCAGCGCGUACGGCCUGGGUGCCGUGCUGGCUCAUCGCUACGCCGAAGGCGAGCGACCGAUCAGUUGCGUGUCGCGCACGCUCAACGCCGCGGAGCGCGGGUACAGUCAGCUCGAUAAGGAGGCCCUCGCCAUCAUUUUUGGGGUGACUAAGCAUCACCAGUAUUUAUUUGGGAGGAGGUUCACGUUGCGCACGGACCACCAGCCUCUGGUACACAUUUUUGGUGACAAGGGAGGGAUCCCGCAGACCGCGGCUAGCCGUUUACAGCGUUGGGCGGCUCGCCUCGCGGCGUAUGAUUUUAAAAUUGAAUUUGUUCGAUCAGUAGAUAACGGCCCGGCGGAUGCUUUGUCACGAUUACCCUUAGCUCGGGAGACUCGCUGCGCGGAUACAUUAGAUUACCUGAAUCUAGUCAAGGAAUCGCUGCCUAUUUCAUGUAAAGAAAUUGCUAGGGCCACGGAAGAGGACGCGAUCCUAUCUAAAAUAAAAGGUUAUGUUAUGUUUGGUUGGCCGCCGUCGGGACCGAGUUGCGAUGCGGAAAAGCCGUACUUUUCUAGAAUGGCGGACCUAAUUGUGGAACAGGGGUGCCUAAUAUAUAAAUAUCGAAUCGUAAUUCCGGAUAAAAUACGUAAACAUAUUUUAAGUGAAAUACAUGAGGGACAUUUGGGCAUGAACAAAAUGAAAUGUUUGUCGCGCAGUUACGUAUAUUGGCCGAACCUGGAUAGUGACAUUGAGACUUUGUGCCGAGCGUGCGACGCAUGCCGAGCCGUGCGCGACGCGCCGCCGCGGGCGCAGCUGCACGCGUGGGAGUUCCCGCUGCACCCGUGGCAGCGCGUGCAUGCCGAUUUUGCGGAUUGCGCUGGCGUGCGGUACCUCAUCCUAGUGGACGCACACUCAAAGUGGAUAGAGGUAGUGCCUAUGAGAGGCACCGACGCGGGGGCUACCACCGGAGUGUUACGACACAUCUUUGCGCGUUUCGGGUUACCAUCGCAACUUGUGACCGAUAACGGGCCACCGUUUUUGUCACAUGAAUUUAAAUUGUUUUGUCAAAAUAAUUGUAUUAAACAUGUAACGUCGGCUCCCUAUAGGCCACAAGGCAAUGGCGCGGCGGAAAACGCGGUAAAAACAGUAAAAAAAGCAAUAAAACGAGCGUUGCAUACAGGGGAGGACGUGAAUACGGCACUCGGCAAGUUCCUUUUACAAUAUCGCAAUUGUAAUCAUGCCACUACGGGCGUAUCGCCGGCGGUGGCCCUACAGGGCCGGCGCCUGCGCAGCCGGCUAGAUGCGCUGCGACCUGACCGCGCGGCGCACGUGCGCGCGCAGCAGGAGCGGCAAGCAGCCCGCGCCGGAGGUAGCCCGAGAAGCUUCACAGUCGGAGACACAGUUCUAGCGCGCGAUUAUACUACAAAAGGGGACAAGUGGGCGGAAGGCCGAGUGGUGAAGGUGACAGGGCCAGUGUCUUAUAGGGUAAGUCUAGGAAACGGAGUCGAGUGGCGUAGGCAUGCCGAUCAAAUAAUCCCGUUAGAAAAUAAAAGUAGAUAUUCAUUAUCAUUAUCACGAAGGGAAUUCGAAUCGGAAAAGCCCGUACAGACGGAGAGCUCAGAGGCUAAUGGGGAGGCCGACGGGGGGUUGUUCGAGGAUGCUACCGGAGGUGAAGGUGAGCAGGCUCAAGCCCAACAAGCACCCCGGUCGCCCGAGAUGCCGCGGAAGCCCGAGGUUCUCUCACCUCCACCACCGAGCGCAUCAGCUCGUGCACUCCGCGCUUACGAGCGAGCUAAACGCGCUUUGCUCAAUAUAAUAGAAUAA